AUGGAGCCCGCACCACAGGGCACUGCCCCGCAAGCUGGCCUUCCCUCUGCUCGCCAGCAACACUCUCAGCAACAGCCUGUCUAUGAUAUUAGGAAUGGGGGACACUAUGGUGCCAGUGCAGCGCUUUCGGCACAAGGCUAUGCUCCUGUAGCUGAACUGUACACAGGUACUUGGGCCAAUGUAAACCAAGGUCUCCAAGGAACAGCCCGCGACAUCCUGACAACAUACUGGCAACACGUCAUCAACCACCUGGAAUCUGAUAACCACGACUACAAGAUCCACCAACUCCCACUCGCUCGCAUCAAGAAGGUCAUGAAAGCAGACCCAGAAGUAAAGAUGAUUUCCGCCGAAGCCCCAAUCCUCUUCGCCAAGGGCUGCGACAUCUUCAUCACAGAGCUAACCAUGCGCGCUUGGAUCCACGCCGAGGACAACAAGCGCCGCACCCUCCAGCGCUCCGACAUCGCUGCCGCCCUUUCCAAGUCCGAUAUGUUUGAUUUCCUUAUCGACAUUGUCCCCCGCGAGGAAGCUACUUCGCACGCUAAGCGGUCCAGCCAAGCUGGUGCUCCUGGCGCACCUGGAUCCUCUGGCGCUGCGGGCCAACUUCCUCAGUCUCAGCACGGUGUUCAGGCUCACCUCGGCCCGGCGGAUUACAGCUCUCUGGGUCAACAUGGUAUGCCCCAAGAGCAAGAAUAUCGCCCCCAGCCGGCUAUGUAUCCCGGUGCUGUGCAGCAAGACCCCACAGCUGCAUAUGGCCAGCCUCAACCUCAGAUGUUUGAUGGAAUGUAUGCGUACCCGCAUUUGCCUCCUCAACAGUAA